AUGGCAGACGUAGAUGAGGAUGCCAUCCCUCGCGGUCCUGAUGUCGGCGAUAUUGAUCUCUCAGACGAAACUCAAGACUUCCGCUUCCUCCUAAACUUCACCGGCGAUGACACCAAAAUCCCCAAACGCGGUGAAAAGGACUUUGAGCCCCAUCACACCAACAAACAAUCAGACGCCCUGGCCUCCUCACGAGAAGCAAUGCACAACGCCCUCUCCUUUCAACGCGUGCACCAGCCCAAAAAGCACGUGUUAGCCUACUAUCAUCUCCAAACUAACAUGGCAUACACCGAAGAUGCCAAAGGCCCCCUGUUCAAAAACAUGGGAAAGGUAUUCGCUGCAAACGAUGACCCACUGGGUCCAAGACUAGCAGGAGAAAACAGGAUCUGGUUGUUACCCGAGGAAGCUAUUUAUCUGCUGGAACGAGGAACGAUUGAUAUCAGAUGGCCGAUAGAUGAGGAUGAUGCAGAGGAAGAGGGCUUGCCGAUGAGUUUGCAGGGUGCUUAUGCUGCGUUCUUGGGAGAGGAAGAGGGAGGCUUGACGUUUGAGAGGUAUAGUGUUUAUGCUGGGCUCAAGAGGAGUGGGUAUACGGUGCACAGGGCGCCGAGUUGGGAUGGUGAGGGCGAGGAAGUGGGAGAGGAGUGCUAUCCUCCUUUGCAGGGUACGAUGUGGAGUCUGGGUUUGCUGAGACAUGCGUGGAGGAAUAUGUUUGCGCCACGUGCUGCCACGGAGGCAGAGCAGAAAGUUGGUCCAUUGGUGACGCCAGGAGUUUAUCGCAAUUAUGCUGAGAUAUACCGCCGCCUAGCCAUAAUCCCCAGCUACGAUCCCACCGCCAAGAGAGGAUCCGCAGACCCAACAGAUCCAUCCUUUCGGAUAACCUACCACCUCUGGAAACCCGGCUCACCCCACUACAAAAAAUCCUCUCCAGGAACUCCCGACUUCCGCAUCGCAGUCGUCAAUGCCCGCGAAACCACAUUCCCAACUUUGGCUCAAUUGAGUGCUUUGGUCGAUACACAACCAUAUAUGCCUCCAAAGCCUGAAGCACAGUUGUAUGCAAAGAUACGCAAUGGAUACAAGAGUGUUAUUCUGGCGGUGGUGGACCAGGGUGUGACUAGUUAUUUGAGGUUGGCGGAUGCUGGGUUUGUGAGGGAAAAGUUGUUUGAGAGGAAGCCUCCGGCUGCGAGGAAAGGUGGCAAAGGGGGCGGCAAGUGGAAGAAGAAUAAGCGGUAG